AUGUCCCCCAAAAUCACUUCCAAAGGUCUCUCAUACGACUCCUCUCUCCUGCCCUUCCUCCAGCGCCUCCGUGCCGAGAACACUUCGGGCUCCACAGCCGCACCACGCCCCAAGCGCGCCCCAAACCCUGACGCUGACGAGGAGGAUGAGCCCGUCUAUGUAGACGAAGAGGGGGCAGAUCUCGAUGAUGAUGAGCUACACAGUUUAGGUGUGACGAAGAAGGCCGCAAAGAAAGGCGAGGAAGCUGCGGAGGAGGCCAAGCCAGAGGCGGUGGGAGAGCCCGAGAGGAAAGAGGAGAAGAUUGCCGCAAUUGGGGCAGCGAGGAAACGAAAGGUUGGGAAGGUUGUAGGGGCGCCAGAGGAGGAAGAAGGGAAAGUCAGUGAUGCCCCCGGGAAAGAUAAACAGGCGCCGCCACAGAAGAAAAAGAAGGUCAAGAAGGUGAAGCUGAGCUUUGGGGAUGAUGAGUGA